AUGACGGUUUGCAGGACACCUUCCUCCUCCUCCUCCUCCUCCUCCUGCUCCCCCCCUCUUCGCCGCCUCCCACACCUCCUCCUGGUCCUCCCUUCCUGCCUCUGGCUGCUCUCCUGCCCCGCCCAGGCGCUGUGGUUUCGGGUGGGGGUGGUGGGACCCUGGGGUUGUGACCCCCUCUUCGCCAAGGCCCUGCCCAGCGUGGCAGCGCAGCUCGCCGUCAACCGCAUCAACAGGGACGCCUCGCUGGCCUACGCCGCCACGUUCGACUACGCCGUGCUGCAGGAGCCAUGCGACACGUCCAGGGCGCUCCAGUCCUUCAUCGGGUUCCACACUAAGGCUUCGGGGUUCGUCGGACCGGCCAACCCCGGAUACUGCGACGCCGCUUCCAUGCUGAGCAAAGCCUGGAACAAAGCCUUGUUCCCUUGGGGCUGCGUGGGCUACGAGCUGGACGAUGCCCGGAGCCACCCCACCUUUGCCCGCUCCACGGCGAGGCCCACCUGGGUCCUGCUCAGCGUCAUGAGCUACUUCAGGUGGGCCCACUGCGCCGUCAUCUCCUCCUCCGAGGACGUCUGGGUGGAAACGGCCACGAGGGUGGCCGAGUCCUUGAGGAGCCACGGUCUGCCCGUCAGGCUGGUCAGCUUCAUGGAGAACACGCCUCACGGCAUCAGGAGGACUCUGGCCAAACUCCGCAAGAUGAGUGAAAUCCGAGUGGUGAUCCUCUGCAUGCACUCCGCCCUGCUGGGCGGCGAGGCCCAGCGGCUGCUGCUGGAGACGGCCUACGACAUGCAGAUGAUCGACAGCUCGCUGGUGUUCCUGCCCUACGACACGCUGCUCUACAGCCUCCCCUACCGCAACGUCACCUACCCAGCGUUCAAGAGCAACAAGAAGCUGCAGCGGGCCUACGACGCCGUGCUCACCGUCACCGUCGACUCGCCCCACACGUCUUUCUACGACGCCUACCAGGAGGCCGUGGACCGGGGCGAGGUGGCCCGGACACUGAAACCCCAGCAGGUUUCUCCUCUGUUUGGAACCAUCUACAACUCCGUGCUGUUCAUGGCUCACGCCGUGCACGGGGUCCGGGAGUCUGGCGAGUGGAUGUCCGGAGGGAACCUGGCGAGACACACCCGCAACCUCUCCUUUCAGGGUUUCAGUCACCACGUCAAGACCAGCAGUUCUGGAGUGGCCAUGUUGGAUUAUCUCAUACUGGACACAGACGGAUCAUCUUUGACGCUGAGGCCGACAUACAGGGUGGACAUGGAGGUGGGCAUGGUUCACUUCCUGGGUCUGGACAUCCACUUUCCCAAGGGCUCCGGACCAAGGAAGGAGGCGUCCUGCUGGUUCACUCCUGGAGUGAUCUGCUCAGGGGGGGUGGAUCUGUUCUUCACCAUCAGUGUGUUCUUCGGAGCGAUCGCUGCAGCUGUGUUUUCCCUCACCCUGAUUUACUGCAUCAGGAGACGCAUCCAUCAGAUCCGGCUGCUCAGAGGUCCCAACAAGAUCCUGCUCACUCUGGCCGACGUCACAUUUAUAAACCCAUCGCUGAGCAACAAGAAGAUGAGCAUGGACGACAGCAGGGUGAGCGGCGUGAAGAGCGUCUCUGAACGCAGCGUUGCCUCGAUCUCCACCCAGUCUCCCGCCACCUACGAAAACUCCAACGUUGUCAUUUUUGAGGGUGACUGGGCUUGGCUGAAGAGACUUCCUGAUGGGAUGUUUCGGAGCAUCAACCCCAAAACCAGCAUGGUGUUCGAGCUGAUGAAGGACAUGCGUCACGAGAAUGUGAACCCUUUCCUGGGCUUCUUCCAUGACUGUGGCGUGUUUGCCAUUGUCACUGAGUUCUGCUCCCGUGGCAGCCUGGAGGACCUGCUGCUGAACGAAGAUGUCAAACUGGACUGGAUGUUCAAGUCGUCUCUGCUGCUGGACCUGAUCAAGGGUAUGAAAUACCUCCACCACCGUGGAGUGUGUCACACCCGUCUGAAGUCCCGUAACUGCGUCGUGGACGGCCGAUUCGUCCUCAAACUCACAGACUACGGCUAUAACGAAGUCCUGGAGUCUCAGCGGUUCCCCUACGUCGAACCACGGCCGGAUGAAUUACUGUGGACAGCUCCAGAGAUCCUUCGAAACGGCCAGGCAGGACUUCACGGGACUCUGCCUGCUGACGUGUACAGCUUCGCAAUCAUCAUGCAGGAGGUGGUGAUCCGAGGACCGCCGUUCUGCAUGCUGGACUUGUCCGAUACAGAGAUCAUAGAGAAGCUGCGCAAGCCUCCUCCUCUGUGUCGUCCAGUGGUCAGUCCAGACUACGCUCCUCUGGAGUGCAUCCAGCUCAUGAAGCAAUGCUGGAACGAGCAGCCGGACAAGAGGCCGAGCUUUGACGAGAUCUUCGACCAGUUCAAGAACAUCAACAAAGGGAAGAAGACCAACAUCAUUGACUCCAUGCUGAGGAUGUUGGAGCAGUACUCGUCCAACCUGGAGGAGCUGAUCAGAGAGCGAACAGAGGAGCUGGAGAUCGAGAAACAGAAGACGGAAAAGCUGCUGACGCAGAUGCUUCCUCCGUCUGUGGCAGAGGCACUGAUGGUCGGUGGGGUGGUCGAGCCAGAACAUUUCGAUCAAGUGUCCCUUUACUUCAGUGACAUUGUGGGCUUCACCACCAUCUCGGCUAACAGCGAGCCCAUCGAGGUGGUCGACCUGCUCAACGACCUCUACACGCUCUUCGACGCCAUCAUAGGAAACCACGAUGUUUACAAGGUGGAGACGAUCGGCGAUGCUUAUAUGGUAGCGUCAGGUCUUCCCGUGCCGAACGGCAACCGUCACGCGGCAGAAAUCGCCAACAUGUCUCUGGACAUCCUGAGCGCGGUGGGGUCGUUUAAAAUGAGACACAUGCCCGAUGUUCCCGUGAGGAUCCGGAUAGGACUGCACACCGGUCCAUGUGUGGCAGGUGUGGUGGGCCUCACCAUGCCUCGAUACUGUCUGUUUGGAGACACGGUGACCACCGCCUCGCGCAUGGAGUCCAGCGGCAUGCCCUACCGGAUCCACGUCCACCAGAGCACAGUGAAGGUCCUGCGGGAGCUGAACCUCGGCUACAGGCUGGAGCUGAGAGGCAGGACGGAAGUCCGGGGGAAAGGCAUCGAGGAGACCUACUGGCUUGUAGGGAGAGACGGAUUCACCAAACCUCUGCCGGUUCCUCCUGAACUCAAGUCUGGGCAAAUGGCCCACGGGCUGCAGAUGGCCGAGAUAGCCCAGUACAAGAAACGGAAAGCCGAGAAACAGCAACAGGAACAACUUGCAAAGAAGAAAAACUGAGCGCUCGCAUCAGCAUCAUGUCGAACGAGGCGAAGAACAUGAAGCAGGUGUUCCACAAGGCGGUGAAGAAGAUCUCUCACGUGCGCGUCGUCACUCAGCUGUACGCGCCCGACGAAGACGGC